AUGAAUAUAUACUUUCAACGAAUAAGGAACGUAGUUAGUGUUGAUGAGUGGGCAUCGAAUAAUGUGGAUGUUGAUGAGGAGGUAUUGAAUAAUGUGGAGUUUGAUGUCACAAAACUUCGAACUGAUCAUGGUCUAAGGAUACCCAUUUUGGAUUACAAUGCUAACAUCCGAGAUGAAGUUCGAAAAGCAUAUAUGUUAAAGGGUCCUUGUCAGCCACAAGAUCAUGACUUUCCAAAACGACAAUUUGGAGUAACAAUUAGACGAUUCAAUCCUUCGUGGUUUAAAGAAACAAGUUUUGGAAAGCAAGGUGGAGGUGAGUCUUUUGUUGGCGAAGGUUUUACAUAUUGGAAAGAUAAAAAAAGGCUUCAUACUCAUGUUGGACUUCAUGUUAGUGUACAUAAUCAAGCUCGCAUUAAAUGUGAAGUGUUGAUGAAUCAAGAGCAACACAUUCAAUCAGUUUUCUACAAACAGUCAGAACAAGCAAGAAAUGCAUAUGUUACACGCCUUAAUGCAUCCAUUGAUUGUGUUCGAGUUCUUUUGCGACAAGGGCACUCAUUUCGAGGUCAUGAUGAAUCUGAGGAUUCUCUCAAUCCAGGUAACUUCUUAGUGCAAUUGCAAUUUUUGGCUGCUCAUAAUGAAGUUAUCAAUGCCGUCACAUUGGGAAAUGCUCCUCACAGUUGCAAAUUGACAUCACCUGAUGUUCAAAAGGAUAUAGUAAAUGCUUGUGCUAUUGAAACGAUCAAUGUUAUUAUCAAAGACAUUGGCGACUCGCUAUUUUCUAUUCUAGUUGAUGAAUCUUGUGAUGUGUCAAUGAAUGAGCAAAUGUCUAUUGUUUUACGUUAUGUAGACAAUAGUGGGCAUGUCAAUGAACGCUUCAUAGGGAUUGAAUAUGAUACAAGUACCACGGCUCUAUCACUUAAGGCUGCAAUUGAUAAGGUAUUUUCUAGAUAUAACUUGAGUAUGUCUAGAUUGAGAGGACAAGGUUAUGAUGGAGCAAGUAGUAUGCAGGGUAAGUUUAAUGGUCUGAAAACACUCAUUUUGAAGGAGAGUCCAUGUGCCUUUUACAUUCACUGUUUUGCUCAUCAACUCCAACUUGCGCUUGUGGCUGUGGUAAAGAAGAACAUCCCUAUUACUAACUUCUUUCGUGUGGUUGGGAACGUAAUGAAUACUGUUGGAGCAUCUUCCAAACGAUGUGAUCUUCUUCGAGAAAAACAAUUAGACUUUAUUGUUGAGGCAUUGGAAAAAGAUCCACUUGCAAUGAUUGUUGAAGAUGAAUCUUGUUCUUGUGAUCAAAGAUCUGAUGUAACAAAUUUAUUGGAGUUGAUACAAAGAUUUGAUUUUGAAUUUAAUCUACAGUUGAUGAGAACUGUGUUGGGGAUUUCAAAUGAACUGUCAAAGGCACUGCAAAGAAAAGAUCAAGAUAUUGUGAAUGCAAUGCAAUUGAAAAACUUGAUUAGACUUGCUGAGCUUUAUCCAUUAGAUUUCUCUGCAAUAUAUGGUAUUGUACUUAGCGAUCAACUUGAGACUUAUAUUUUUGACAUGCGCUCUAACAAAGAGUUUGAAGGGUUGAAUGGCCUUGGUGAUCUUGCGGAGAAGUUAGUUUUGACAAAGAAAGAUAAGGUCUAUCCAUUGGUUUACAGACUUUUGACUUUAGCAUUGAUUUUACCGGUUGCUACCGCUACUAUGGAGAGAGUUUUUUCUGCAAUGAGCAUCGUAAAGAAUAGAUUGCGCAAUCGGGUGUUUGUGAUGGUGGAUUUGGCGGUUGGCGUUGGUUUUGAUGGUGUUUAUGCGGUGAAGGUGUUUGUGGUGGUGGAUUUGGUGGUUGGCAUUGGUUUUGAUGGUGUUUGUAGAGAUGUUGGCGGAGAUGGUGGAUCUGGAGGUAGUGGUGGUAGCAACGACGAUUGUAGGGAGAGGGUGGUCACAAUUGACGAUAAUGUUGGUGGCGAUGAUAUGUAA